AUGAAGAUCAAAACUAUUAAAAGAAGUUCUGAUGAUUACGUUCCCGUCAAAAGCACACAGGAAUCUCAAAUGCCCAGGAAUUUGAACCCUGAAUUGCAUCCUUUCGAAAGGGCUCGUGAAUAUACUAAGGCUUUGAAUGCUACCAAGUUGGAAAGAAUGUUCGCUAAACCCUUUGUAGGUCAGUUGGGGGACGGACACAGAGACGGUGUCUAUGCUAUUGCCAAGAACUAUGGUAGUUUGAACAAACUGGCCACUGGUUCGGCAGAUGGUGUCAUUAAAUACUGGAACAUGUCCACUAGAGAAGAGUUUGUUUCUUUCAAGGCUCAUUAUGGGCUCAUUACCGGUCUUUGUGUCACGCAGCCUCAUUUUCAUGACAAGAAACCAGAUCUCAAAAACCAAAAUUUCAUGUUAUCCUGUAGUGAUGACAAGACCGUCAAACUAUGGUCGAUAAAUGUUGACGAUUAUUCCAACAAGAGAUCAAGCGAUAACGAUUCCGUGAUCAAUGAAGAGGGUUUGGUGCGUACUUUUGAUGGUGAAUCCGCAUUUCAAGGUAUUGAUUCGCAUAGGGUAAACUCUACAUUUGCCACAGGUGGUGCCAAGAUCCAACUUUGGGACGUCAAUAGAGUAAAACCAGUUUCCAAUUUGUCAUGGGGGGCAGAUAACAUUACGAGUGUUAAGUUUAACCAAAAUGAAACCGAUAUUUUGGCCAGUACUGGUAGUGACAAUUCAAUCGUUCUUUAUGACUUAAGAACCAAUUCCCCUACACAAAAGAUCGUUCAAACCAUGAGAACAAACGCUAUUUGUUGGAACCCCAUGGAAGCAUUCAAUUUCGUGAUUGCGAAUGAAGAUCAUAACGCUUACUACUACGACAUGAGAAACUUAUCGCGUUCAUUGACUGUGUUUAAAGAUCAUGUUAGUGCGGUGAUGGAUGUCGAUUUCUCCCCAACUGGUGACGAGAUUGUCACUGGUUCAUACGAUAAGAGUAUCAGAAUUUAUAACACCAACCAUGGACAUUCUAGAGAAAUCUAUCACACAAGGAGAAUGCAGCAUGUCUUCCAAGUCAAAUACUCGAUGGAUGCUAAAUAUAUUAUCAGUGGAUCUGAUGACGGGAAUGUUAGAUUAUGGAGAAGCAAGGCUUGGGAGAGAUCGAAUGUCAAGACUACACGUGAAAAGAAUAAAUUAGAAUAUGACGAAAAAUUGAAGGAGAGGUUCAGACACAUGCCAGAAAUCAAAAGAAUCAGUAGACACAGACACGUGCCAGAAGUCAUUAAGAAGGCUCAAGAGAUUAAGAACAUUGAAUUGAGUUCUAUAAAGAGAAGGGAAGUGAACGAAAGACGUACCAGAAAGGACAUGCCGUUUAUCUCUGAAAGAAAGAAACAAAUCGUGGGCACAGUGCACAAAUACGAAGACACGGGAAGAGAAAGGAAAAGAAGAAGGGAUGACAAUAAACGUGACGCUCAAGAAGAGCAGUGA